AAUACCUCUGGCCCAAGCCUCUUGCCUGUCACUCUGCCUCCAGCUUCUGAGCAACCAUGGACAGGAUUUUCUCUGGCUUCUUGCUCUCUGCGCUUCUUCUCUUCCAGGAUCAUGGCAUUUACGGGGCUCCCCCUCAGCCCAGAGGUGCUCUGUGUAGGACGAGACCCACCGACCUGGUGUUCAUCAUAGACAGCUCCCGCAGCGUGCGCCCCCAUGAAUUUGAGCAGGUCAAAGUCUUUUUGUCCCAGGUCAUCGAGUCCCUCGAUGUGGGCCCCAAUGCCACUCGGGUGGGGGUGAUCAAUUAUGCCAGCACAGUCAAGAACGAGUUCUCCCUCAAGACCCACUGGACCAAAGCCAGCCUGCUGCAAGCCGUCCGCAAGAUCAAGCCACUCUCCACGGGCACCAUGACGGGCUUGGCGAUCCAGUUUGCCAUCAAUAGGGCGUUCAGCGACUCAGAAGGGGCCCGUGUGAGGUCUCCUGAGAUUAACAAGGUGGCAAUCAUUGUGACAGACGGACGCCCCCAGGAUGGCGUGAAGGAUGUAUCAGCGAGGGCAAGAUCCCUUGGCAUUGAGCUGUUUGCCAUCGGGGUGGGCCGAGUGGACAAGAACACUCUUCGGCAAAUGGCAAGCGAGCCGCUGGACGAGCACGUGGACUAUGUAGAGAGCUACAGUGUCAUUGAGAAGCUGGCCACAAAAUUUCAAGAGGCCUUCUGUGAGCCGUCAGACCUCUGUGCCUCUGGAGACCACGACUGCCAGCAGAUCUGUGUCAGCACACCCGGGUCAUACACCUGCGCUUGCAAAGAGAGCUUCACAUUGAACAGCGAUGGGAAAACCUGCAGUAAAUGCAGUGGUGGAUCUGCCAUUGACCUUGUGUUCCUAAUUGAUGGCUCCAAGAGUGUGCGGCCUGAGAACUUUGAGCUUGUGAAGAAGUUCAUCAACCAGAUCGUGGAUUCAUUGAAUGUCUCCGAUAAAAAUGCUCACGUGGGCCUUGUCCAGUACUCCAGCUCCGUCAGGCAGGAGUUCCCUCUGGGACGGUACAACAACAAGAAGGACAUCAAGGCAGCAGUGAAAAGGAUGUCCUACAUGGAGAAAGGAACCAUGACAGGCCUAGCGCUGAGGCACCUCAUUGAAAAGUCUUUUGAUCCCUCCAGUGGAGCCAGACCUGGCGUCCCCAAGGUGGGCAUUGUCUUCACGGAUGGACGGUCACAAGAUUACAUCAGCGAUGCUGCCAAGAAAGCCAAGGAUUCAGGCUUUGAGAUGUUUGCUGUGGGAGUGGGCAAUGCCGUUGAAGAUGAAUUAAGGGAAAUUGCCUCAGAGCCAGUACCAGCACACUAUUUCUAUACUGCUGAUUUCAGUACCAUCAACAAGAUUGCAAAGGAACUGCCUACGAAAAUCUGUGAAGAGGAGGACCCAUGUGAAUGUAAAGCCAUUGAGAAGUUCCAGAAAAACGUAAAAGACCUCAUAAAGUCAUUGACACGAAAACUGGAAGCUGUGACAAAAAGGAUCGCCGCCCUGGAAAACAAGAUCAUCUAAAGACCCGGAGCACUAUUAUAUUUCUCCUUCGUAACGUAACAGAAUUGUGCCAGAAGACCUACAUGCAUAAGCAGGAGCAACUCAGCCACAGCACUACAUCCAGCUUUCUACUUAAAAAAAAAAAAGAAGGAAAAAAAAGUCUAGUCUAGCUGCAUUCUUCUAAAAAAGGAAACAUUAUAAAGUUAGAGCAGACAUCAUAUUAAAGGGCAAAGCACUGUGAAUCACUGCGUGCCAAAAUGUGUUAAUGUCCCUUGCAUCCUAUAGUCUACAGAUAUAAAACCCCAGAAAUAUAUUUUUUAAUCUAAAGCUUAAUAUAUAUAUAUAUAUUGUUACUAAGUACUUGAUUAUGAGUUCUGUGAAUCCUCGCUGUGUUCUUCUGCAUCUUUUGUUUCUGUGCGUACUGUAAUUUUAUUUAAGAAUCAAAUUGGAUUAAAAGCAACUUGGAUCCUGAGUGUGAAAACCCGCCCUCACAAAUGACCAAUGUAUUAUUAUAAGCACAAGGCAUUUAUCAGUAAGUAGGUGAAACUAAGCAGUGAUUGCUGAGUGUGGCAUUGAAGAUGUGCUAGGAUGGGACACUCCUGCAGCCAGGUACAACCCACAGCUAUAUUGUACAGUAGAUGAAAGUAAGCUCAGUUCUCCUAGUCAACUAAUACCCUUGCAAUGUUUUGGCUAGCCAGCACCACCUGUCCCAUGUUUGGCCUUCCAUGGUGAAGAACUGAACUGUACAAUGAACCUGCCCAUACACGGCUUUAUGUCACCCAAGGUAGUGCUACCAGCACCAAUCCCAUGGGAUAUGCCUCUACCCAACUGCUUGGCUCUGUGGUUCCUUCCAUCAACAUUCACAAAAAAUGCAGCUAUGGUGCCCUCUCUGCCUGCAGGGUGCCAGCUCCCUCUCCAACCCCAUGUCUGGAGGCAUCUCUGCUUUUCUUAUUUUGAUCAUCUCAUCUCAAUGUGCCAGACUUUUAGAUCCAGACCAUGUCCCUUCCCGGCUGGUGGUGACCCAGGCUAUACAAACAACCAGCACGGUCCAGAGAUGUCUGACAUUGUGUGCCACACCCAGUCGGAGUCUGCGUGGCAGAUGCUGUUAAGCAGAAAGUAUCCGGUCUCAGCGACGCAUGCCACGUUACGCAUCCCUCCAAAUGUGAGCAUAAGUGGUUGGGUUUGGGAAUUAUUUUUUUUCGUAUCAGAAUAUUUAUACUUGAGAGUAUGUAAAAAGCUUUUCAGAAUAACA